CUGGCCUGAGGGUUCGAGUCCACCACAACCCUAGAGGCCGAGAUGACGGCCAGCCGCCGCCGCCGCCGUGCCCCCUUGCCGGUGGCUGGGCCGCUGGAAGACGACGACCUCCUCUCGGAGAUCCUCCUCCGCCUCCCCCCGGAGCCUUCCUCACUCCCCCGCGCAUCCGCCGUCUGCAAGCGCUGGCUCCUCCUCGUCUCCGACCCCGGCUUCGUCCGUCGCUUCCGCCGCCACCACCGACACAGCCCUCCCCUUAUCGGCUGCUUCACCCACGACCCGAAAGGCAUCUCCUUCACACCUUCCAUGGAUUCCCCCGAUCGUGUCCCCGCCGGACGCUUCUCCUUGCAGCUCGACCACAGAUUGCUCUGCUCUGUCCUCGGCUGCUGCCAUGGCCUCGUGCUCAUCUCCAACAAAUGGAAGAGGCGAGUCAUUGUGUGGGAUCCCGUCACCGGCGACCAGCACCACAUUGCCAUUCCCCAUUGGUUCAAUGUGAUUGCAAACCCGAUCCAGGGGGCUGUGCUUCGUGCAGCCGACGAGGACCACCACUUCCAGGUGGUCUUGUUAGAGGCCGACGAUCAAAAUACACGAGCCAUUGUCUGCGUUUACUGCUCAGAGACUGGCUUAUGGGGUAAUAUCAUCUUUACAUCGAUUCCAUCCAAGGAAUAUAGGAAUCUUUAUUCCUAUUACACCAUGUCUUUGUUGGGCAUGCCGGCUGUGCUGGUUGGGAAUUCCCUUUACUGGCGUCUUGCUGUUGGUUCCUAUACUAUUCUCGAGUUUGAUUUGGAGAGGCAGAGCUUAGGUGUGAUACAAGUGCCUGUGGAUAUAUCUGAAGCGAAGAUUGACUUCACGCUUAUGCGGGCUGAGGGUGGCGGGCUGGGUUUACUCUCUGUGUCAGGCUUUACCGCCAAAUUGUGGAAGAGGAAAACUGAUUAUGAUGGUAUUGCAUCAUGGGGGAUGGGAAGAACUGUUGAAUUGGAUAAGCUACUUUCCCUGAAUUCAGAGAAGGAGAGAAGGAGGCCCCUUAGGGUAAUAGGGUUUGCAGAGGAAAAUAAUGUGGUGAUCCUGUUGGCGGCUGAUGGUGUCUUCACGGUCCAGCUUGAGUCAUUGCAAUUCAGGAAACUUGACGUACCCAGCAACAGGGUUCAUCAUCACCCAUUUGAAAGUGUCUAUGCUAGAGGUACCUAAAAUGGUAUUCUGGUUGCUGCGAUGCAGAAACUAGCUUCUCCGAUGUGUCUUCUUCAUUUUGUAUCCUUCACACGGGAAUCAAUCCUCUACGCUGCAUGCACUAGUCAACUGGGAAGUGGAAAAUCGUAGGUUUAAUCGUCCAGUGCUAACUUCCCUCUGUUAUCUAAUGUCUAGACACAAUUAGCCAAGUGGCAUGAUGAAGAGACUUCCUUUGGUUUAUUUUGUAUUUGUGGUACAUCUGUCUUAUGCUUUCCAAGCAAGCUUGCCUGCCUGCCUGACGAUCAUUAUGUGUUGUAUCUGGUCAGGAGAUUUGUCGUCGUACUUUGCUUAUGUCCAUUUUGUGUGUCUAUCGAAUUUUAUCUGAUGUUCGCUAAUGAGUGUU